AUGGCCACCGAGGCGCCCCAACCGGCCGCGGCACCCACGCCCGACGCGCCGCCGCCUGCGCCCGCGCCCAGCGCAGAGGCCGCGCAGAAGCCGCCCGUGAAGCGGUCGUGGAGGCGCAAGUUCCGCAAGAUGCGCAUCCGCUUCGACGACGCCAUGAGCCAGAGCAACGCGCUGAUCAUGGACGAGUGGAAGGCCAUGGGCACCGCCCGCCGCCUGCAGGCCGAAAACGACCAGCUGCUCGACGCCCUGCUGGACUUCAACGACCAGCCGCGCGUCUCUGCCCGCCAGCGCUUCGACCUGUCCGUCGCCGCCGCCGCCGCCGCCGCCGCCGACCAGCCCACGCAGCCCGCCGACCAGCUCGCCGACCAGCCCGCCGACCAGCCCUGCCCGCUGAAGACGCUCGCCGCCCUCGAGGCCGCCGUCCCGCACACCACACUCGCCGACCUGCCCGCACUGCCCGACGGCAUCGACCUCAGCGAAAACGCCCCCGGCUACCUGUCGCCGCAGCACGAGGAGGAAUACCUGCUGGCCCUCGACCAGCUGCUCCAAGACCCGGCCUACGAGGAGGCCACCCGCCACCACCGCACCCUGCACCUCGGCCCCUCGCAGCCCCCGCUCAGCGAAAAGGACCUCACCAUCCGCAACCCCGACAGCGUCUACAGCUGGCUGCGCAAGAACCAGCCACAGGUCUUUUUGCAGGACAAGGACGCCCCCCACCACGACAACGUCUCGGAAAAGACCGCACCCAAGGCCGCCAGCAAGAAGAGCCGCCCCUCCAACAUGGCCGCCGGCCGCGCCGGCACACCAGCGUCCAAGGAGGACCACGAUGGCGAAGACUCGGUCGCCCCGGAAGCCAGGGGGAAGCCCAAAAAGGGCGGCGCAGACGCAGACGACACAGCCUACCGGCCCAAGGGCGGGAGCAGCAGGCCCGCGAAGCGCAAGAGGGACCCCGCCGACCCCGACGCCAAGGCCGCUCGCAAGAAGAGCCGGCCCAGUGCUGCUGCCGCCGCCGCCCCACCCGCCGCCUCGUAG